GCGCUCACCCCGCGCGGCCGCCGCGGUCGCCGAGCGGAGUCCGCGUUUGCUGCCGCGCAGUGACCGCGUGCGUCUAUGGUCCUACCAGCAUUCUCCUACGGUGCAGGAGUGGGCUGGAUGUCCCCCAUGUCCUCCCUACUCAUGUCCGAGAAUUCCCCCGCGAAGGCUCCCGUCCACGAAGAGGUGAUAUCCUGGAUGGCAUCAGCGCCUUACUUCCUCGGUACUCCAGCUGUCUUCCUCUUCGGUUUCAUUGUCGACAAUCUCGGAAGGAAGAAGGCGUUGUUGUUUACUUCUUUUUGUAUGUCCGUGUGCUGGGGCCUAAAACUGUUCUCAACAGAAACGUGGGCUUUAAUAACUGCCCGAGCCAUAUUGGGUUUCGGUGUUGCUGGCUGCUACGUAGUAACACCGUUAUACAUCAAGGAAAUAAGCGAAGAUUCUAUCAGGGGCACUCUUGGGACCUUAGUGGUUUUAUCGCAGAAUUUGGGUAACCUUUGCGUAUAUGUAAUGGGAGAAUAUAUGAGCUAUUAUGCGGUACUGUGGAUAUGUUUGUCUGUGCCCCUGGUGCAUAUGUUGGUGUUCUCUACGAUGCCAGAAACGCCUUCUUAUUUGCUG